GAUAUGUAUCCAUGCUAUGAAUAAUUAAUAAAAAAUGGUGACAGUCAAUGACAGUUGUCAAAAAAAAUAAAAACAAUACCGUCCAAACUCCAAUUACAAAUUGUUCCAAAAAGUAACUAAAAUGUUUACAAAUAUAUGCAGAAUAUGUCUAGGACAGGAUUUAUUAUCAAGUAUAUUUAAUAAACGGGGCUCUACAAUGAUUUCUACAACAAUAAUGACAAUGGCUAAAAUUUAUAUAUCACCAAAUGAUGGUUUGCCUAACACAAUAUGCAUUAAAUGCAUUCAAAAGUUAGAUAAUUGUAUUGAAUUCAUACAGUUAUGUGAACGGUCUGAUUCUGAACUACGGUUACAAAAAGAUGAAGAAGAAAUAAAUAAAACCUCUGCACAAGUAAAUACAAAACAUGUGUCUAACUCCCUAUCUCCGAAAAGUGAAACUGAAAAAUGUUUAAUAUUAGAUGAAAAUGUAAGUGCAAUUCAGAAUGAAAAUAUAAUGCAGUUUGAAGGAGACCAAAAACUUAAAAUUCAAAAUAAAAAAGGACAGAAACAACAGUGUUCUACUUGUGGGAAGGUGAUGUCUUCCAGGUUUCGUCUUAAAACUCAUCUCAGAACGCACACAGGGGAGAGACCAUUCGUAUGUUCGCACUGCAAUAAAAAGUUUUCGCUCGCACAAAACUUAAAGGUCCAUUUAAGGGUACACACUGGUGAGAAACCCCAUCUGUGCACGGUAUGUGGCGAGUCGUUCGCGCAGACGGCGGGGUUGGCAGCACACAGACGCAAGCACACGGGGCAAAUGCCGUACCACUGCGUGUUGUGUCCACGGAGCUUCCGAACUGUUGGACAUUUGCAAUAUCAUGUUAGACGUCACACAGGCGAGAAAAACUUUGACUGCGAAGCGUGUGGCCGUGCAUUUGUCACUCGCAGUGAGCUCAAACAACAUGUUCUAACACACUCCGGAGAGAAACCUCACGUCUGCUGUCAUUGUGGUGUCCGCUUAUCUCGUGCCUCACAUUUAAAAAGACAUAUACUACAUUUACAUAAAGUUAAAAAGAGAUUCCGCUGCGAAAAGUGUUCUUCUAUGUUUGAUGAGAAAGAAGAUUUGGAGAAACAUAAAAAGUUGCAUGUGAAAGCUGCGGAGGAGUAGUGCCUUAGUAGAUAGAAGUGUAAAUAAAGACUGCUUUUGUA